GCAACAACAGCGCACAGAGCUCUACUUCAAAAUGGCUGUUAGUGAAGAUGGUGAAUAGGAAGAAACGAGCGCCAUAGUUCGAGAUUUGAAGAGAAAUACGCCUUUCCAAACGGACUUCCAGACAGCACAACAUUUCAACGGUUUUCUUCUGUGAGGGUGUCCCAGUAUUGAGUGGCAGUCAUGGACACCACAACCUCAAUCAAGAUGACCACACUGGCCAUCCAAAACCUCUUCAGCUAUGUAGAGGAAGAGAACCUGGCAGCUGUAAAAACCCAUCUGGACAAAUUCAAAGAGGUGGAUGGUCGAAGUGACAAUGGACAGACUCCUCUGAUGUUGGCUUCAGAGCAGGGCAGUCUUGAGAUAGUUCAAGAGCUCAUUCGAAGGGGAGCAAAUGUCAACUUGGACGAUGUGGACUGCUGGUCCGCUCUGAUCUCUGCAGCUAAGGAGGGGCAUGUGGAGGUGGUGAAAGAGCUGCUGGAAAACAGUGCUUAUAUUGAGCACAGAGACAUGGGGGGUUGGACCGCUCUUACUUGGGCUUCAUAUAAAGGCAGAAUUGAAGUAGCCAAGGUCCUACUGGAGAGCGAGGCGAACCCAAACACCACUGGACAGCAAUACAGUGUGUACCCCAUUAUCUGGGCAGCCGGUAGAGGUCAUGCAGAGAUUGUUAAGCUCUUGCUAGAGCAUGGAGCCAAAGUCAACUGCUCUGAUAAGUACGGCACCACCCCACUAAUCUGGGCAGCUAGAAAGGGACACUACGACUGUGUGAUGCACCUGUUGGAGAAUGGAGCUGAUGUUGACCAGGAGGGGGCGAAUUCCAUGACGGCACUGAUAGUGGCUGUGAAGGGAGGUUACACAGAGGUGGUUAAAGAACUUCUGAAGAGGAACCCCAAUGUGAACAUGACAGAUAAGGAUGGCAACACAGCCCUGAUGAUCGCAGCUAAAGAGGGCUAUACUGAGAUUGUGCAGGACCUGCUAGAUGCUGGCACAUACGUCAACAUCCCUGACAGGAGCGGUGACACAGUGCUGAUUGGAGCUGUGAGAGGGGGGCAUGUUGAGAUUGUUAGAGCACUGCUGCAUAAGUAUGCAGAUAUCGACAUCAGAGGACAGGAAAAUAAGACUGCUCUGUACUGGGCUGUAGAGAAAGGCAAUGCAACCAUGGUCAGAGACAUACUGCAGUGUAACCCGGACACAGAGACAACCACUAAGGAUUCUGAGACUCCUUUAAUCAAAGCUACCAAGAUGAGGAACAUAGAAAUUGUGGAGCUGCUUCUGGACAAAGGGGCCAAAGUGUCUGCAGUGGACAAGAAAGGGGACACACCUCUUCAUAUCGCUAUACGUGGGCGGAGCCGGAGGCUGGCUGAGCUCCUCCUCCGUAACCCUAAAGAUGGCCGCCUACUCUACCGCCCCAACAAGGCUGGAGAAACACCCUACAACAUCGACUGCAGCCACCAGAAGAGCAUCCUCACCCAAAUCUUUGGAGCCCGACAUCUGUCCCCCACAGAGUCAGAUGGGGACAUGCUGGGCUAUGACCUGUACAGCAGUGCUUUAGCUGACAUUCUGAGUGAGCCCACCAUGCAGCCGCCCAUCUGUGUGGGUCUGUACGCUCAGUGGGGCAGCGGCAAGUCCUUCCUGCUCAAGAAACUGGAGGAUGAGAUGAAGACAUUUGCAGGUCAGCAGGUGGAACCUUUGUUCCAGUUUUCCUGGCUGGUUGUGUUGUUAUCAUUCUUGCUGUGCGGAUCUGUAGCUCUGGUGCUCGGCUUUACUGUGGAUCCUAAACUGGCUAUCGCCAUCUCUCUCAGCAUCCUAGCACUGCUUUACGUAUUCUUUGUGGUUGUGUACUUUGGGAGCAGGCGUGAGGGUGAGAGCUGGAACUGGGCAUGGGUCAUUAGCACCCGUCUGGCCCGACACAUCGGAUACUUGGAGCUUCUGCUUAAACUCAUGUUCGUCAACCCACCUGAACUGCCGGAACAGACCACCCGUGCACUGCCUGUAAGGUUUUUGUUCACAGACUAUAACAGGUUAUCCAGUGUGGGUGGGGAGACGUCCAUGGCUGAAAUGAUCGCUACUCUCUCGGAUGCCUGUGAGAGAGAGUUUGGCUUCCUGGCCACCAGACUUUUCAGAGUCUUCAAAACUGAGGACACUCAAGGCAAAGGUAAAAAUAAGUGGAAGAAGACAUGUUGCAUCCCAUCCUUUGUCAUCUUCCUCUUCAUCCUGGCCUGCUUGAUUAUGGGGAUGGCCCUCUUGGCAGUCUUCAAGGUGGAUGGGCAAAACCAGACAGUGAAUGCAGUGCUGGUUUCCAUGGCGAGUGUAGUUGGGUUGGUGCUGGUGCUUAAGUGCCGCACCUGGUGGCAGGUGACAGACUCAGUGCUUAACUCCCAGAGGAAGAGGCUGCACAGUGCCGCCAACAAGAUGCACAAGCUGAAGAGUGAGGGCUUUAUGAAGGUCUUGAAGAAUGAAGUGGAGCUCAUGGCUAAGAUGGCCAAGACUAUAGACGGCUUCACCCAGAACCAGACGCGUCUAGUCGUCAUCAUUGAUGGUCUGGACUCCUGCGAACAGGACAAAGUACUACAGAUGCUAGACACGGUGAGGGUGCUGUUCUCCAAGGGUCCCUUCAUCUCUGUCUUUGCCAGUGACCCUCACAUCAUCAUCAAAGCCAUAAACCAGAACCUCAACAGCGUGCUGCGGGACUCCAACAUCAACGGCCAUGACUACAUGCGCAACAUUGUCCACCUGCCCGUGUUCCUCAACAGCCGAGGCCUCAGCAGUGCAAAGAAGAUGUGUACGCCCAUUCCUGCUAAUGGAGAGAUGGGGAAUUCUGAGGGCUGGCAUGAGGAGUUGGACAGAAAACUGUCUCAGAACAGCCUGGGUGAACAGACAAAGUUUAGCAGUAAGACCACUCUAAACCGCAGGGAUACUUACCGGCGUAGACAGAUGCAGAGGUCAGUCACACGUCAGAUGUCCUUUGACCUCACCAAACUACUAGUCACUGAGGACUGGUUCAGUGACAUCAGCCCUCAGACUAUGAGGAGACUUCUCAACAUUGUGUCUGUCACAGGCCGCUUGCUGAGGGCCAACCAGAUAAGUUUUAAUUGGGACCGGCUUGCAUCUUGGAUUAACCUAACCGAGCAGUGGCCAUAUCGCACAUCCUGGCUCAUACUCUACCUGGAGGAGACAGAUGGCAUCCCAUAUCAAACUACUCUGAAAGCCGUCUAUGAAAGAAUCUCCAAGAAUAUUCCAACCACUAAAGAUGUGGAGCCAUUGCUGGAGAUAGAUGGAGAUGCACGAAGCUUUGAAGUGUUCCUUUCUUCCCGUACACCAGUGCUUGCAGCUCGGGACAUCCGCACCUUCCUCCCCUGCACGGUUAAUUUAGAUCCAAAACUCAGAGAGAUCAUUGCAGAUGUGCGUGCUGCCCGGGAGCAGAUGAACAUGAGUGGUGUCACCUAUCCCACGCUGCCUUUGCAGGAGGGGCGCCCAGUAUCAGUCUACAGUCAGCAGUCCUCGGCCUGCUCCCCUACUGCCUCCUUCAAUGGCCCAUAUAACCCACCGGGUGUAUCUCCUCAGCCCCACAGCGCCUAUUUCAGCGGCAUGGCUGGGCCACAACACCCAUUCUACAACAGGCCAUAUUUCCCCCAUCAUCUAUACCAGCUGCCACGGCAGUAUGCUGGCAGCUCCCUCCCUGCUCAUGUUCUUCCACGUCCAUUCAUUAAAACCAGCUUUCCCAGGGACUCUAGCAAUGGACCCCAGGGUAAGGUACCAUCUUUGAAAAAGAAGCAGGGCUCUGCUUCCGUGGUGUCAGCCACCCCUUCAAUUCUGCUUGGCUCAAUGAGCACAGAUGUUGUGUGCGAACGUGUCAGACUUAUCGAAGGCAUUGACCAGAGCAUGAUGGCUCAGUAUACUGCCACCAUUAAGAAGGCUAACAUAAAUGGCAGAGUUCUGUCUCAAUGUAACCUUGAUGAGCUGAAGAAAGAGAUGAACAUGAAUUUUGGAGAUUGGCAGCUUUUCAGGACAACGGUGAUGGAGCUACGUCAUGUGGAGAGCCAGAUCCUACAUGAGGAAGCUCCAAGUGAGCAGGGCAGCAGCAUGGCUGGUCAUGUGGAGCCUUGCAGGCAUACUGGAACAUCCGUUCACAGAGGAGCUGGCAACACAGACACCUCACCCAUGUAUAACUUUAACCUCAGCUUCGAGGAGCUCAGUAAUGUGGGCUUGGAUGAGCCUCCAAGGCAAGCCAACCCCACAUGGAUGGCCACCACUCACCGUACGCCUAGCAUGUCCAGCCUCAACUCUCAGGAGUCCUCUAAUGAAAUUUGCCAGUUAACAGAUAAGCAGCAGGCAGAGUACCUUAAUGCAUAUCAGGAAUACAUCACUUCAAUGGCUCAGCUUGAGAUAGGAAUGGAGAAGCCUGGCCAGCACUCUAACUCUGAUGACAAGAGGAAAGAUGGUGACCAGGAUGGGCGGAAAUCUGUUUCAAAACGAGGGAGCAGCAAGUCAGCAACAGAUAAUUCUGACUACGCUUCAGCAGAUACUUUAGAUCCCAUAACAGAAGAAGACGAGAAGAUUGAUCAUGGGUCAUCAAAGUCUCUAUUGGGACACAAAACAUCUGGAGAGAAGGUGAGCCUCUUCCAAGGUGCCGAUCUGAAACUGAAGGCUGCUGGUGGUGGUUUACGUUACCAGAAACUGACCAGUGAUGAUGAAGAGUCAGAGGAAUCUGACAGUGCCCCUCUGCUUAAGGAUGGAAAGAAACCUGAGGCUAAAUCCUCUGAGGCUGGUGAUCGAUCUUUGACCAAAGGUAAGGAUUACCUUUCAGACAAGAAGGAUUCAUCUGACUCAGGUGUCCGCUCUAACGAAAGCUCACCUAACCAUUCUCUUCAAGAUGAAGAAGCUGACCUUUCACAGUCUGAGAGGGCUAACCUAAUCGAGCUGGAUGAGGAGAAUUCGACCCAAAAGAGAGAACUGCCUAGUAGUCUGAGUGGCCUACAAGACCCAGCUAUCACCCGCAUGUCCAUCUGCUCUGAGGACCAGUGCAGUCUUCUGGCCAGCAGCCCUGAGGAGAGCUGGCCAUCCUCCAAGAGCUACAACCUAAACCGAAUACCUAGCAACACCACCCUCAAUAACAACACCAACGCCCAACAAGGAAACAAUGUUCGUCAGCCCAAAGAUAGCUCCAACACCACCACUGGCAGUGAUGUCAUCAUAACUCCUGGUUCCAGCACCACUUCCACCACCACUCAAAAUGAGAACGUCCGUGUGGUGCAUCUGAAGAGGGGGCUUAACCCUGGAGAUCCCCCUGAAAUCCUCAAAGUGUCCUCUGAGAUGGUCACCUUUGGCGAGGAACGAGAGAGCAUCCUGUAGGCAACGUCUGGAUCUGAUGGAGUCUGGUCUUGUUAGGCCAAUUAAUGUCCUAUAUUGUGGUGUCAGUGCAUGUUUAGUGUAAUGCUUAAAUAUGUGUAAUGGUGGGCAAUUGUGACUUUUCUAAAUGCUUAGUGUAGUUGAAGUGGUGUUUAUUCACAUAUUCCGUCACCUAGUAAUUCAUCAGUUAUAGUUAAGUGCGUAUAAGUGCCAUUUCCAUACAGUAGUAACAGCUCAAUAACUUGUACAUGUCAGCCUCGCUAAAUACAGUUCAAUGGACAAACUAAACAAUGGCUAUAAAGCAUUUCAGAAUCACAGCUGUAGGAAAAGUUUCAGUAGUCUCUCAAAAGAAAAGAUUUAUAGGACCUUUGUUAUGAUGAAACUCAGCAGAAUUGAUAAACUAAUUUAAAGACAUUGAAAGGCAUUAAACACUGCUCCUAUUCAAAGUUUGUGUAGUCAUUCUCCUCAAAGGAAUCAUAAAUAUGGCUUUGAAAUGUGCUGUAUUGAGUUGUUUAUUGCAUGCGUACAAGCUGUCCUUGUGCUGUAGUGACAGUAGUAAGCAGUGACAAGCAUGUGUCAGACUGCAGUGAGUAUUAAAUUAGCCGGUAGGAACUGCAUGCCCUACGAUAAUAGGUGUCAUUUACGGGUGGGACGUGUCCCUACAACUUUUUGCCUUUUCCAAUUUUUUCCUCACUACUUUUUGAAAUAGCUUUCAUCAGCUAAGUGUCUAAUGCAGAAGAAACAUCUCCAGUUCUUGAGCAGGAGUUUCCAUUUCGUUUGUAUGUGUUAUAAGAAGUGGCGAUCCAGCGUUAGUUUAUAAUUUUUAAAGUUAUGAGUGCUCGUUGCAGCUGUAAUCAGUGAGUGACAGAGGGUGGUGCUCCUUCCACUGUUGCACAGCUCACACUCCUUUCAAGUUAAAUCACUGAGCAGAAUGCAAACAGAUGUGUCCCUGCUCAUGAUAUACAUUUACUGAUGUACAGAUCAAAUUUUCGUUCAUUAAAUUAAAAAGUUAAAUUAGGGUGAAUUAGAACCUGGAACUCAUUCUAGAGGUGAAAACAUCACCUUGAGACCAGUCAGCCGUUCUGGCUAAUGUCUUACAGAUUAGUGUAUUUACAGUAUCCAUUGAUUAACAAAAUCCCAUUACUGAGAGUGAUGGAUGCAUGGAUCAAGUUAUCAAAUUAAAAAUGAAAAAUACUUAUUAUAGUGUUUGACACUGUCAUCAAGAAUGACUAUUUAUAUAACCAAUAAAAGAUAAAUUGACACUAUCUGCACACAACCUAAUUAAUGUUCAUGAGUUUCACCACUUUGUGAGGUUACCCCUCCCCCAUUCCUAUGAUGUUAGUCUUUAGCAGUCAACUACUAUUGAUAACUGUCUUUAAAGGUAAAACGUGUUUUGUGAUGCUUGUCUUCUAUAUGCAAUGAAAUAAAUGCACAUUGACCGCA